GGUCUCGCUACCAAGAUGACCAAGAAAAGAAGGAAUAAUGGUCGUGCCAAAAAGGGCCGCGGCCACGUGCAGCCUAUUCGCUGCACCAACUGCGCCCGUUGUGUGCCCAAGGAUAAGGCCAUUAAGAAGUUCGUUAUUCGGAACAUUAUAGAGGCCGCCGCCGUCAAGGACAUUUCCGAAGCGAGUGUCUUCGACGCCUAUGUGCUUCCCAAGCUGUAUGUGAAACUACAUUAUUGUGUGAGUUGUGCCAUUCACAGCAAGGUAGUCAGGAAUCGCUCUCGUGAAGCACGGAAGGACCGAACACCCCCACCCCGAUUUAGACCUGCGGGUGCUGCCCCACGACCUCCACCAAAGCCCAUGUAAGGAGCUAAGUCCUUAAGGACUGAAGAAAAGCUGUUCUCCAGAAAAAAAAUAAAUGGCGAUUACACAUCAAAAAAAAAAAGAAAAGAAAAGAAA